AAUUUUUGGUUAUGGCAGGCGCCAUUUUCAAAUUUGUUUGAUCGAUCACUGAGAUUGUGAUUAUAUUUUUCUAUUGGAAUAAUGUAUUAAUUGAUAGAUUUCACCAUGAAUACUUCAAAAUUAACUGACCUUAAGGAGAACGAGGAAAAAAUACGAAAACAAGCGAAGAAAUUAUUGCGACAAAAAACAUCCGAAAUCUUAAAGAAACAAACGCAUUUGUUUAUGCAUGAAAAAAGUCUUACUAAGAUACCUGUGCCUAAGAACCCAAAUCAAAUACUUUACGCGUAUUAUCAUAACAACCAAUUAACAAAAAUUGAAAAUAUUGAGUUACUCUAUAACGUUACCCAUUUACAUUUGCAAUGGAACAAAAUCACCAAAAUGGAAGGUUUGGAAUCCUUGCAUUCGUUGAAAAAAUUGUAUUUAGGUAACAAUAAAAUCAGCGUCGUAGAAAAUUUGGAAGGGCUCAAGUAUUUGGAAGAACUGCACAUAGAAAAACAGAAUUUGGAUGGCCCUGAUACGUUGUGCUUUGACCCUAGAACCCUCAUUUACAUUGGUGGCUCCCUACGAAUACUAAAUGUAUCGGAAAAUAAAUUGACUGAUAUGGCUUGGGUUAAGCCUCUAAGACAAUUGGAGGUGCUCGUAGCUAGAAAAAAUAAUCUAGAAAACUACCAAGCAGUAGCUGAUGACCUAUGCACAUUGCUGAGCCUGGUGGAAAUCAACUUCUUGGGAAACCCUAUGACCAGGAAACAUCGGUAUAAGGAGACUAUUAUUGCAAGGUGUUCUCAACUACGUAUUCUCGAUACUGUAGCAAUUCAUAGUACGUCCAAAACUUUUAUGCGAAACUUUGACAAGGUUGUUCGUUUGCGGCAAUUGCACGAGAAGAACAAAAUUGAAACAACUCGCAGGGGAGCCGACGAGUUCUUCGAUCUCAACAUGCUAUCAGGACCGAGAGCUCAAAGUGCCCUUUCUAUAGCUGAAUUUUCUAACCAGAAACCAAAAGUUACGGCGUUUGAUUCAACUUAUACCUUCAUGCCACGUGCAUUCUGGCGAAUGCGGAAAACGCCUUCACCUCAUGAAGGUAUAGCCCCACCGAUGGAGCCCCCACCGCCACCGAAACAGCCCAUAAGCGACAACGAUAUUUUCCCCAUCAAGGGAAUAUUGAAGAAACCUAUGCCGAUGAAAUAUAUUUCUUUAUAUUUGGGCAAUAGUAUAGCAGAAACAGGUAUUCUAGAGCCUAUGCAAUUUCUCAGAGAGUAUGUUUCUAAGAAUAUACCCGUAGUAAUUCGUAACGGUUGUUCCCACUGGCCGGCUGUCUCAAAAUGGAAUGCUGCUUAUUUCAGAGAAAAAAUACCAGAUAAGAAUGUGGUAGUGGCAAUAACUCCAAAUGGCUUGGCUGAUGGUAUCACAAAGAAUGAGAAGGGUGAAGAGUACUUUGUCACACCUCAUGAAACCACCAUGACUAUGGCACAGUUUCUAGAUGGAUUGGACGAGAAAAGAGAAAAUUACAUCCAGUACAUUCAGAAACAGAACUCCAACUUGACCACCGACUUUCCUGAACUCAUGGAAGACGUGUACGCAGAGAUACCAUUUGCCAGUGAAGCAUUUGACAAGCUACCUGAUGCUGUCAACUUCUGGAUGGGUGACGAGAGAGCUAUCACUUCUAUGCACAAAGAUCCGUACGAGAACAUUUACUGCGUGAUAGAUGGGUAUAAGGACUUCAUUCUAAUUCCCCCCACGGACCUACCCUUCGUGCCUUACAAACGCUACCCCCAAGCAGAGUUCAGAUACACAGAUAACAAGUGGGAUAUUGUACCAGUUGAGACUGUCAACAUGGUGAAACCAACAAGUGCAGAUAUUGAUAUAGUUCAGAAUGACGACUUCAUUCAACCCUCGGGGCUGCCUUGGAUUAGUAUAGAUCCGUUAUCUCCAAAUUACUUUAAAUACCCACAAUUUAAGAGGGCCCACGUGUAUUCGGUGCGUCUGAAGAAGGGGGACUGCCUUUACCUACCAAGUCUAUGGUUCCACCACGUUAGACAGAGCCACGGUUGCAUAGCAGUCAACUACUGGUACGACAUGGAAUUUGACGUCAAAUACUGCUAUUUCAAAAUGCUUGAAAAACUCUGUGGCAAUUAUUGACUAGAGGAAGGCUCCCUGUGUAUAAUGUCCAGCAGUUGUCUACAUGAUCAGCAAGGCAGGAGUACUCUCGAUGCCUCUAGUGUUGUUGGAGUACUUAGGCUGCGGUGACUGCUUACCAUCAAGUAUAUUUGUAUAAAUGCAAGCAAAUUGUGAUUGUAAAAUCGAUAAGAAUUGUAUGUUUAACUAGCUACUUCCGCGUGGUUUCACCCGCUCUGCUUGGCUCCUAUUGGUCAUAGCGUGAUGUCAUAUAGCCUAUAGCCUUCCUCGAUAAAUACACUAUCCAAUACAAAAAGAAUUAUUCAAAUCGGACCAGUAGUUCUGGAGAUUAGCGCGUUCAAACAAACAAACUCUUCAGCUUUAUAAUAUUAGUAUAGAUAUAUCAUGGAUACUCUUUCUUUAGAAUGAGUGAAAGACAUAUAAAUAACUAGCGACCUACCUCAGCUUCGCAUGGGUGCAAUGGUGAUAUAAUUAUUAUGCAUGUAUUAUACAUAUAAAACACACUAUUCAAAAAACCGCAUUAAAAUCCGUUGCGUAGUUUCAAAGAUUUAAGCAUACAAAGGGACAUAUUAAAGUCGCUUUCUCUGUCCUGUAAUGAUAUUGAGCGAAAAAAAAAAUGUAAAGCACUUGAAUUAGGCCAGUUUAAUUUGCCCGCGUUAUGUACACUACAGUAAGGCUCAACUUUAAUUUCUAAAUUCUACCUAUUGUUUUCCCAAGUCUAAUGAAUGAAGAAGUGCAUGAGUGAAACAGUGAAAAUAUUGUUAUAAAAAUAUACAUGUAAACUGUGUUAAAAAAAUAGUUUUUAUAUUCGGGAUCCCGAAGAAAAUGUAUGGCAGAAUGACAGAAAACUUCAUAAGUCAUUAUUAAUUAUUUAACUUAUUUACAUAAUGUACAUAAAUUAAUUCGUUUUUAUAUGGACUGUUAAUAAAACUAUCGUGAAUAA